AAUCAACGCACGGCUUGGUGAUGGUGCUAGGAUACUCGAGAGUGGUGGAGUGCCUUGUUGGCAUCGUGUCGCCGUGGAGCGCGGUCGCCUCGCUCGUGCUGCUGCCCUCGGCGGCUGAACGGCUCCCUUUCCCCUUCCGAGCGCUGGCACAAACCCCACAGCUGACCCUAGUCCUGGCCGGCGGCGGGUACGUGACCUUCCUGGUCCUGUUCCUGCCUCUGUACGCGGUCUCCUUCCUCGUGACGGCGACGGGCGCGUGGCUUGUCCUCCUCGGGACCGUGUACAUGGGCGGGAGGGGGCUGACGAGGACCAUCAGCUACCCGGGAGCCUCGAAGCAGAUUCAGAGGGACAUCGAGCUCGAGUACACCAAGCACGUCAGCAGCCGCCUGGUCUCGUUCGCGAACGCGCUGCGACUCUGGCUCCAACUGGUUCGCGAUGUGACGGUGGUGCCCUCGGCCAUGAGCCACUUCCGCGUGCUGCAUCAGGAGCUCCGCGACAGAUCGCGGGGGGGUGACGUGUGGGUGCUGACAAGGGCGCUGGAGGAGGUGAGCGACGGAGAGGUGCCGACGGGUGUUGAGCGAGGGAGGGAGGGAGAGGAGGCGGGGGGGCGGAUGAGGGGGGCCGGCGGCGCCGGUGAGGGGAGCGCUGCUGCUGCCGCGGCGGCGGCCGCGGGGGCCAACACGCUAGCCCCGUCGGCAUUGGCUGAGGCGGAGUCUCUCCUGGAGUGCCUGGCGGAGCUCAUGCCGACGCUGGAAGAGGCCUUCGGAUUGGCUGAUGAGCUCUCGCAAUGCAGCAGCACGCAAGACUUCGACCGAUCGAGGCAAACCUUGCUUGUUCCCGGCGUCCGGAACAACGACCGCAUCGCGGAGGUCUUCUCGCUGCUCGAGGCUCUCGCCACCAGGGUCAUGAAGCUCUCCCGACACCUCCGCUCCCGAAGUAAGAAGAAGAAGAAAAGAAACGCUGCCGCCGCCGCCGCGUCAAACCCAGCUGGCUCGGCUGUAGACGAGGAAGCCGGCGUCACCACCGCCGGCGCAGCGGGUGACGAUGACAGCAGCGACGACGACGACGAUGAUGGGGAGGGGGGGGGGGGCAUUCACACUGAGGAAACUGGCGGGGGGGGCGAGGGGGGAGCCGCAGCUGGGAACACCGGCGAGUCUAGGUUCCCGGGGGGAAUCGUGAAGAGCUGGUGGCGUGCUAGGUACCCGUACGAGGGGGCGGCGGGGUUCGGGCUCAUGCGCGAGGAGAUGCUCAUCAGGAGCAACGCUCGGCAGAUCUGGCUGGCAAUGUCGGACGGCACCCUCCUAGACUGCUGCUACUGCAAGGCGUACGGCGGAAGGGAAGGGACCGGCCGCAGCAGCAGCAGCAGCAGCGGCGGCGGUGAGGGGGUGGGGGGCGGUUUGCCGGCAGCGGCGGGGAGAUCGGGUAGCGGCGGCAGUGACGAUGGCGUCGGGGAGGGAGGUGAGCGGAGGAGCACGGGGUGCGUGCUCUUCUGCAACCCCAACGCGGGGUACUACGAGAGCAUGGUGUUGGCGGGCGAGGGUGGUCGCAAUUGGGUCUCGUUCUACACCUCCGUAGGGUGCGACGUGUUCCUUUUCAACUACCGGGGCUACGGGCGAUCAGGCGGGAAGGCUUCCCCGGCCAACAUCAACAAGGACGUGAGAGAGAUUGUGACUUACCUCCGCGAGAACGUGGGGGUGACGCGGCUGGCGGUCCAUGGGGAGAGCAUAGGGGGGGUCGCUGCGGCCAGCGUCGCAAGACACUCGCAGGUGGACCUACUCAUCCUGGACCGCUCGUUUUCGAGCCUCUCCGCCGUGGCCCAGAGGCUCAUGGGGGGCUGGACCAAGUGGGCGAUAUGGGGCUUCACAGGGUGGGACGCUCACGUGGCCGCUGACUACCUGGCAUGUCGCUGCUACAAGGCGAGGCUGGUCCUGGCGUGCGAUCCGGAGGACAUGAUCAUCGCCGACGCUUCCUCUACAAAGGCGGGCGUGUCGGUGAUGGUGGAGCUCGGUGCCGACGCGUCGGCUCUGGACGUUUACCAGCCUCCGAAAGCCUACAAGGUUGCCGACCACUUGAGAACCUGCCCCCCAGUGGAGCGCAUGACCCUGCCUCUCUACCCACAAGAACGCCUCUCGCCUGUGCAGAUCGCUCACUUCGCGGCAUGCCUAAGGUACAUAGCUCGCAAGGCGCCGCGCGUGGGACCGCCCAGCUCGGGAGACUCCGCGGCCGGAGCUAGGACAAGACGUGGCCGAAAUAGACGGGGGGACCUACCCAUGGCGGCGAUGGACUUCCAAGAGGUUGAGAUGGUGUCCAUUGGACAUGGGGGCGAUGAGCGUGGCCCAGGGGACGGGGCUAGCGGCGAGGAAGGGGACCCUUCGGGACCGGAUCCACUGUCGGAGGGCUCGUCGAUGGUGGACGUGUCACGCCCUCUGGGGGAGCUGUGGGUGUUGCUGGCUAGGGUCGACGGGCUCUGCGGCCGCAUGCUCGGACGGGCGGUUGCCAAGGGUUUCGACGACGUCCGCGCAUGGGUGUGCUGCCUAGUCGUGCUCGGGCCCGUCGUGCGCGCGGACGGCACGGGUCGGCAGGGGCAGGGGGGCACCACGGGAAGCUUGCCGUUGGAAUCGGCUUCUGAACGGUUGCAGACGCUUCUCAAGGAGCAUCCGGACGAGCUAGGUUCGGACCCGUUCGUGGCCUUCGUGUCCCAGAUGCUGGCGUACCUGGCGCAACGGCUGUCUAUGGAAGGAGGCGCGCCACCCCCGGCGGUACCGUUAGCGGCGUUAUCCUCGUCGUCCAUUUCCGGCACGAACUGCGGCAGCCUAUUGGGGUUUGCGCGAGAGGGGCAAGGCGGCUUCGAGAGGGGUAGCGGAGGCGUUGGCGGUGCUGCUGUCGUGCGGGGUGCUCCGGAAGAGCGUGGGCUCGCCGCGCUGGAGGGAGGGGUAUCAGGCACGGGACGGGCGUCGAAUGGUGGCGACGGAUGCUACGGCAUGGACCUUGUGGGAGGGGGCGACGGUAGCCAACUCCUGGGAGGCAGGGUGGCUUCGUCCUCUUCCCCGGCUUCGGCAAUGGUGGGCGGUGGCGGCAGCAGCGAGAGUGGUGGUGGUGACGGGUGCCUGUCUCUGGGGAGAGUGUUGCCGCUACGCUGCGGGCACAACAACUCCUACAGCGAUGGGGAGCGGCGCAUGCUGUUGGAGCACCUUGCGCUGGAAGGGUGGGUAGCUCCUGACCGCCGACCGCUGGAAGCAAUGCGGGCGUUGCAAUGAUGCGAAGGAGGCAUGUUUGUUUGCAACGUCUCGCGUUUUGGAAACGUGCUGCGUUUUGAUAAAGUGGAGGAUCAGCACAGCCCGAUGUUGGCAGUGUAAUAGUGGGAGUGGUGCCUGUGUAUUUGCCGCAUACUUGUAGCGACAAGGGUUUCGGCCGGCCUUUUGCCGGGCACACGGCGCUAUCCGGACUAGUAUGAGACAAUCUCGAAAGCUCUGUUUGUGUCGAGCGAAUACACCGGCCUUACGCAGGGCGAUCGGUCUUGUACUGUGUAGUAUAGCGCGCGCAGCGCCUACACGGGUGUUCCGCCUGCGUUUUUUUUUUUCCUCGCCAGCGGUGGCGACGAUGGCGGCGGUGGUAGGAACGGUGGUGAUGGUGAUUGAGGUACAGGGGCGGUUGGGUGGUGUCCUGUUGUUGUUGCCGACGGAAUCUUGUCGGCGACUGGUAACGGCUUGGACUUUAAAGCGGGGGAGGGAGAGCGAGGAAGUUCCACGCGACGUUUGUCGCUCGACUGCUCUACAUUAUACAAAAGCUGACUGCUGCUGGUGCUGCCGGUGGUUGGCGCUGUUUCGUGUACGGAACAUAUUUGCUUUUUUCGACAGCAUGCGUGUACGCCCUCCUCUCUGUUGUCACAGCUCGAAUCGACCGAACGUGCGCUGAUUGCACGCCAGUUGUAAUCUCUCUUGACUGUUUCAAAAUC